AUGGCAGCCCCUCUCUCUCCUUCUACGCAAUUACGCAAAAUGCUCGCGGACCCCGACAAGAUUAUCGUAUGCCCUGGAGUCUACGACGGCAUCACUGCCCGUCUGGCGCUGAAUGCUGGGUUCGACGCUCUAUACAUGACUGGUGCCGGCACGAGCAUGUCUCGUCUCGGCAUGGCCGACUUGGGUUUGGCCACGAUGACCGAGAUGAAAGACAAUGCUGAGAUGAUCUCCAACCUCGACCGGUCUGUGCCUGUCAUCGCAGACGCAGACACUGGGUACGGGGCACCCAUCAACGUGGGCAGGACGGUCGCCACAUACAUCACAGCCGGUGUUGCGGCCUUCCAUCUCGAAGAUCAAGUCGUCCACAAAAAAUGCGGCCAUAUGACCGGGAAGCAGCUGGUGUCUACGGACGAGUUCCUGACUCGCAUCCGUGCGGCUGUCGAGAUGAGGAGACGUAUGCAGUCGGACAUCGUCAUCAUCGCACGGACCGAUGCUCUGCAGUCGCUCGGGCUGGACGAAGCAAUCGCCAGGCUCCAAGCCGCUGUCAAUGCAGGUGCCGAUGUCGCGAUGCUCGAAGCAAUAUCGACGCGGGAGGAGGCCGAAGCAGUGUGCCGUGCUUUCAAGAGCCAAGGCGUCCCCGUCAUGUACGGAAUGGUCCAGGGAAGCAAGGCGUACAAGCUGACCCCUACAGAGGCGAAAGAGAUGGGCUUCAAGAUCAUCGUGUACGCGGCGCUUUGUCUGGCCCCGACGUUUUUGUCCGUGUCUAAGGCGUUGAAAACGCUGAAAGAGCAAGGAGACUGUGAAAAAUACGGCCCUGAAACCACUCCACAUUCGUUUUUUGACGCCUGUGGCCUGCAGGAAUUGCUCAAGUUUGACCACGCCGCAACGGGGCUGCUGAAAUAG